GUGUAUAAGGAAUAAAAGACAGGUUCUGUUCCUGAAAUUAUCCAUUUCAGAACAGCUUUACAGACUUCACAGAGGAACAACUUCUUCAAAGCUCGCAAGAUGGCUUUUUUGCAGCAACUUUUCCAGCAAAGUAAUGAUGACAAGGGUUUUAAAGCUGCUCCUGCUGUUGAGACAGGAUACUUUGGAACAGUCAAGACUGAUCCAAACUUUAAUGCCCAGAAUGAUGCUGCAAAAUUAAAGAAAGCCAUUGAGACCAAAGGUGUGGAUGAAGCCACUAUUGUGGAGGUUCUAGCAAAGAGGAGCAAUUCACAAAGACAACAGAUCAAAGCAGCUUAUCAGCAGAGUGCAGGAAAACCUCUGGCAGAUGAUUUGAAAAAGGCUCUGAAGUCAGAUUUUGAGGAGGUGGUCCUGGCUUUGCUGAUGACACCGCCUGAGUAUGAUGCUUUUGAAAUGAAAAGAGCUAUGAAGAAUCUUGGGACAAAUGAGAAUGUCCUAAGUGAAAUUCUGGGGACCAGAUCAAACAAGGAGAUUACAGCAUUGAAGAAUACUUUCAAAGAAGUCUAUGGAGAGAUGCUGGAGGAAGAUAUUAAAUGUGAAGUUAAAGGACAUCUUGAGACUACCCUAGUUGCCCUUUGCAAGGCUACCAGGAGUGAAGACCGUAACAUUGAUGAUGGAGUGGCUAAGAGUGAUGCAAAGGCUCUGUUUGAGGCAGGAGAGAAUCGGCUUGGCACUGUUUGUUCUGUUCUGAUUGACAUUCUCACAAACAGGAGUGAAGCUCAGUUGUGCAAAAUUUUCCAAUAUUAUGGCCAACUUAGCAAAGACGGUUUGGCCAAAGAUCUGGAGGGUGAGCUACAUGGAAGCUUUGAAGACUGCCUGAUGACACUGGUAAAAUCUGCUUGGAACAAACCUGCCUACUUUGCAGAAAAGCUCCACCUGGCAAUGAAGGGACUGGGAACCAACACUGACACACUAACUAGAAUCAUUGUGAGUCGUUCAGAAAUUGACCUGCUGAAAAUCAUUCAAGAGUACAAGAGGAUGUAUGGCAAAACCCUUCAGGAGGCCAUUCUGAAGGAAACAAGUGGAGAUUAUGAAAAGAUCCUGCUGGCUCUCUGUGGCACUCAAUAAACACAUCUGUUAGUUGAUUAUGGGGCGUAUGCAUGACCCAUGUAAACACUUAAUCUCCUCAGGGUGUGGCUCUUCAGGAGUGUUUCAUUAAAACUCUUUUUGCAUCUCA